ACUAAGAGUAAGAAUUCAUCUCCAAGCUGCAAUUUGUUUUCGGGAAAAUGGGUUUACGAUAACAAGUCUUACCCCUUGUACAAAGAGGGAGAAUGUUCUUUCAUGGCUGAUGACUUUGCUUGCGAGAAAUUCGGCAGAAAGGAGUUCAAGUAUCAGCACUGGAGAUGGCAACCCCAUGAUUGCGACCUUCCAAGGUUCAAUGCGACAGCAUUGCUGAACAGGCUGAGGGGAAAGAGACUUGUUUUUGUUGGUGAUUCUCUGAACAAGAAUCAAUGGAUAUCAAUGGUGUGCCUGCUUGAAUCAUCAAUUCCACCAUCCUUGAAAUCAAACACCUGGAAAGGCUCGUUGAUCACAUUUGAAGCCUUUGAAUAUAACGCCACGAUCGAUUUUUACUGGGAACCACUGCUGGUGGAAUCGAACUGCGAUGACCCUGUGAGCCAUCAUGUUCUUGAUCGAAUUGUCAGAAUUGAGGCAAUUGAGAAGCAUGCCAGGCACUGGACUGAUGCGGACAUACUCGUCUUUGAUUCUUUUAUGUGGUGGUUGCAACCUGAAAUGACGCUUUUGUGGGGAUCGUUUGAGAGCUCUGAUGCAAUCUACAAGAAGGUAGGGAAGAGACUGCGCGUCUAUGAGAUGGCUUUGCGAACAUGGUCAGAUUGGUUAGACAUUCACAUCAACCGAACCAACACAAAACUGUUCUUCAUGAGUUUGUCGCCAUACCACAAAAUGGCUGAAGAUUGGGGAUCAUCUUCAGGACCAAACUGCUACAAUGAAACAGAACCAAUAUCGGAGGAAGGUUACUGGGGAAGCAGUACAGAUCGGGGGAUGAUGAGCAUGGCUGAAGCAGCGAUACGUGAGCUAGAAGGAAGAGGCUUGAAAGUGCAAUACCUCAAUAUAACGCAGUUAUCUGACUACAGGAAAGAUGCUCACCCAUCCAUCUACAGGAGGCACUGGGAGGCUCCAAGCAAGAAGCAAUUAGCCGACCCCAGGAGCUAUUCAGAUUGUGUACAUUGGUGCCUUCCAGGGGUCCCUGAUGUUUGGAACCAGAUUCUUUAUGCCUACGUAAUGUUCGAUGAAUUCCAUGCUAAAUUAGAAUAG